AGCACCCCCGGAACAAAUCGCAGCGGUGUUGAUGUUUCCACCGGUCGGUUUUAACGCGCCGGACAACAACCGGAGGGCAAAUGUGUCCAACCGGUACAAUGUUGUAGUUGAAACAAGCGAUUCAUUCUUGAAUAAACCACGAUGUGGGUCGCAAGAAGGGUUUUGUCAUCGGUCGCUCAGAGAAGUCAGUACACAGGUCAGUACGCGGGUCAGUGUGGUCUGUUCCUCCGCCCUAAGCACGGCUCCUUCCCGGAGCUGGAGCUGCGGUACCUGCAGUGCACAUGCUGCUGGAGGAGCCGGGUCCCCAUGGCCGGCUUUGACACCCUGAACGCCACCAUCUCCGAGCCCUGCAAGGAGGAGCCCGGCAGCCCCCUGGACGCCUGCUACACCCCCGAGCAACGAGACGCCAUCCUCCAGCUGCUCAACAACGCCACCCAGUCAGAGCUGGCCGCCGUCAAGCUCCUCAGGGGCCGCAAGUCGCUCAGCAUCGUGGAGUACAGGACUAAAAACGGACCUUUCCGAACCCUAGAGAGUUUGGUGAACGUGCCUCUGCUGAAGCACAAGAGCGCCGUCGUCGUCUUCAACUCCAUCCUCAACCCGGUCAAGAAGGAGAGGAAAGUGAGGAUCCAGCUGGUCAAGUUCAUCAGGCCGGGGGUGGACAGGUCCUGGCUGGAGGAUGCCAGCUCCAUAGUGUCAAUAACAUGUGGGACUAAUAAAAUCGCCUGGGCACAUGUGGACCGUGGGAUGAACGUACAGGACUGGCAACAGUUGGAAUGUCCCAAUUUCUUGAGGGGAACCUACGUAGCGUCUGCUUACUUGAAUGAUGUCUCUGCAGUUGUGUCGCUCCUCCCGUCUGCUGACUUCUACAUUAUAGAGAAAUCCUCGAUCUCAGUGCAGAAUACCGCUCUGUUCCCCGUCAUGGCUCACAUGAGGACAGUGGAGGCCAUGCUGUUUGCUCUGCUGGAGCCUAAGAACUCUGAGCCAGAGACUAACAUUCCUCCCAGAGUUUUGAACAUGAUGCGAACUGCUGUCGGACGCCACUUUGGACUCAUGGUGGGCGAGUCUCGGACCAGCGGCGCGCAGGCAGUACGACAGCUGAUGACUGAUUCUGUGACACAGAAGUUUCCCAGGAUAAACUUUCCCCCAGAGCUGCUGGGCAAGUACAGAAACUACUUCCAGAUCGGGAGCAGACGAGGAGGAGAGGAGCUCUGCGACGCUCUACUUCAGGCUGUAGCGUUUUUCGAGCUACUCAGUGAAUCUUCCCGUUAGUCCACCUGGACUGAGCUCACGCCACCCAACCACAAACUACAUCCACCGAAACAAAUCUCCACAUGGAGUCAAACAAGCUGAACAGAUAUGUGGUGGUGGUUGAUGGUAUUUAAAUAAGUGAAUAAUCUACUGGUUACAUAAAAUGCUGCCGUACUGUUUUGAGGAUGUUGAACAUGAUGGUCACUACAGUGUUUUCUUAUCUCUGCUUUCCUUCUUGUUCAACUUGGACACCUGCUCAAAGUACUUUCCCUGAUGUUACCUUCUAUUGUCUUGAGGACUUUCAAACUUUUUACAAUACAUUUUUUUUUCAUUCUCUAAAAAGGGUGACACCUAAUCACCUAAUAAUUUUACAAGAUCAAGUUUAUUUACAAAAAUAAUAUUUAUUUACUCUUCAUGAUUGCACUUACAUUAAAAUAAAACAUGAUUUCAUAUCUCAA